GACGCAGACGCCUUUUCCUGGGGAAGAUGAGCGACGGUGGUGUUUCGUAUCAAAAGGAAAAAUGCCCCCUCCCCAUAUCAAAACGAAACUUCUGAUGCUGGAUUUGUGUACACAAAUCAGAGCUGUCUUGCUGGAUAGCACUGCAGGCCCAUAUCAUGCCCAUGCAGAAAGGUUUUGGCCUAGGCACUUGGCAUGAGGAACGUUUAUGCUGUAGGAGUUGUAACAGCAUUACAAACCGCCUGCAUAAUGCGGCGGAGCCCAUGUCGUUGCUUUCUUGCAAGACAAACGCGAUUUGUGGUCACAAAUCAGCAUCACAAAUUCUCUGCGGCGUUCCUUUUCGAUAUGGGGAGGGGGGAUUUUUCCUUACGAUAUUUCGUCGACAAUGACUUGAAGCCCACGGCGAAAAAAUCAAACGCGAAGGUCGAGGUCGAACCCGUCGAAGACGGCGAUAUGACAGUGCACAACUACUCCCCCUCGUUCUCAUUUCUCAUGCAAAUGAAUCGCAACUCCAGUUGUUCCCUUGUGUCACUAAUUACGCAUCACAAAUUUUGAAAUAGCCCAAAGAACAGUACUACUACACUGAGAGCAUGAACUUGUCAUGCCCACCAGCAUCCACGUGUGCUGGUGUUUGUCUUGCUGUUCAUGCUUACACAAAUGCGGGGAAGAGGGAGUUCUUGUGCACUUCCAUAAACGAGGACGGCGAUGUAGCACCUGCUCAGUACUGGGUUGUCUCCUGGGAAAAGAAUCUCGACACUGCGCCCGAGUCCAAGCCACACCUAUUCGUGCAGUACGAGCAGCGUGAUCCCGAGCUGGUGACCGUGGAAAUGCAGGAUCUCCCGCCGAAAAAAAUGAGGAAAAAGCUCGGCCAGCUGGUGGAGAAAUUUUGCGAAAAACAGAAGGAAGAACAGGAUAUCCUGUGCAAAAGUAUCGUAUUCGUAUUGCAAGCAUGCAUUACAAAUCUCUUUCUUCACGUAGAUCAGCAUUACAAAUUUUAUUUCUCAUGCUGAGGAAAUUUGUAAUGCAUUUAUACGAGUACGAUACUUUUCUUUGCACUGCAUACAGGAGGAGGAAGCGAGACUUCGGAAGGCGGAGCUGGAUGAGCCCGACCGUGGCCGCAGUCGGGAGACGAAAUCUUCGAAUCGGGCCGGGGAAAACCUAUCCUGUGCAAAUAAAGUAUCGUACUCGUAGUAAUCGCAUUUAUGCAUGACAAAUCUUUUUUUCAAGGUCAAUCAGCAUGAGAAAUUCCAUUUGUCAUGCUGAGCAAAUUUGUACUGCGAUUACUACUAGUACGAUGCUUUUGCAUUUCAUAAAACCAGGCCAAGUUUGUCAACGCGAAAAAAGCGAAAGAACCACCUGUCGAUGACAACUACCUGGAGCUGGAUCUCGACUUCGGUGACGACGAAUUAUCAAAUCAAAAAUGUUUGGGUCUGGAAGAAUGCAACUUGUGAUGCUGCAUUUGGAUUCCAAAAAAAUCUGUAUUGCAUGAGUAGCAAAGGGAAUGCAAUUUUUGCUACGCUGAGAAGGCAUUUGUCAUGCGGAAUAGGCAUCAAGAAGCCCUCAGAAAAUCUGUAUUGCUAGGGUAUGCAUCACAGACAUCGUGGCUCAUGCAAAACGUGCAUGACAAGUGUCAGAAUCUUCCAGACCCAGACAUUUUUACAUUUGAUACGAAUUAUCCGAAAUCGAAAAGAAUGAAGAGGACAACGACAGCCAGGAGCUCAAGCUCGACCCGGAUACUUUGAUAUGAAGAUUGCAAAAGUAUCGUACUCCUACUCGUAUAAAUGCAUUACAACAAAUUGAUGCCUUAGCAUUACGUCAAAUUCAAUUUGUAUUGCGAAUUUCACUUAAGAAAAAGAUUUGUAAUGCAUAAAAGCACAAUUGGUACGAGUGCGAUAUUACUUUUGCAGUGGAUAUUGGAACGCGUACAUCCAUUCUAGGCGGGACAAGCACUUAGAGAAGAUGAGGAAGAAGAACCCCAACGCGUUCGAUAAACCCUUCUCGGACACGCCAGUGGUGUUUUUUCAGGAGGACGAACCGAGUGGCGGACAGCUACUGAACAACCAGGACUUUGACCUCGACCAGAAUGCUGUGCGUAAAGAUUCACCACCCGCAGAUGUUGUUCUUGACAAAAACAUGAGUUUCCUCCAGGAGAACAACCACGCCGACGAAAGUGAAGACAACGGCAAAAAGAAGAAAGAAAAAAAGGACAAAAAGUCAAAAAAGGAAAAGAAGGAGAACAAAAAACAAGCGAGGAAAAACAAAAAACACUCAGUCGAGGGAGACGAGAUGAAGACGGAUAAUAUUAUCCCAUGCAAACACAAAUGUUGUACACCCAUGCUGGUGCCAGAAAAAAAAGAAAUUUGUCUUGCUGAUUUAGCUUUUUGUGUAGCGUGCUGAAAGAGAAUUAUCGACUUUCAUGCGGAUGAUCAGCAUGAUCUUCUUCUUCAUAGAGCCUCGUUUUAUUGUGACGAGAAAACAUAAACAGCGCCAUGACAGAUUCAACAAUUUUUUUCUGGUCAAUCUAUCGGUGUACUUCUACUUUUCUGUAGAAUAAUGCACUCGGACCACAACGAGAACCGUGCGGACAAAAAAGCGAACAAGAAGAACAGCCUUCUACUCCCACCUGUGCCAGCACCUCCUCCACCGAUUGCGGUUGCUGCAAAAGCCGCGGCAAAGGCGAGAGCCAAGCCGAAGCCGCGGGCGAUAUCAAAUGCAAAAAUGUCUGGGUUUUGAAAAUUGCGAGAUUUGUCAUGCUUGUCUGGCAUGACUCUGAACUCUGUGUUGCAUGGCCGCGAAGAGCUCGUCUUGCCUGUCAUGCUCGAACGCAGUUUCUCAUGCGGAGUACGCAACUCAGAACCAUGGAAAAAACUUGUCUUGCUUGGCAGCGCAUUACAGUGUUUUCACCAGUAUUCCCUUCCUUGCACCACGAGUUUCCAGACCCAGACAUUUUUGCAUUUGAUAGGGGAAAAAGAAGAACAAUCCGCCAGAGGGACAACAUGAGGAGGUAUCGAAUGCAAAAAUGUCUGGGUCUGGAAAGUAGAAGUUUGUCAUGCACAUUUUCCAUGAUCCAUGAUGUCUCCGAUGCAUGCCAUAGCAUCACAGAUUUUUUGAGCGUCUAUCGAUGCGCAUCCUCCAUGACAAAUGCCCUCUCCGCGUAGCCAAAUUUGACUCCUCUUGCUGCUCAUGCAAUACAGAUUUUUUUAGCAUCCAAAUUCAGCAUCACAAGUUUGGUUCUUCCAGACCCAGACAUAUUUGCAAUCCAUAGGAGGAGUACGUGAACGAGCACGACUCGGACAUAUCCUGUGCAAAAGCAUCGUACUCGUAUAAAUGCAAGUCUUGCAUUACAAAUCCUUUUCUUAAGGCAAAUCCGGAUUACAAAUUUCAUUUCUCAUGCUGAGGAAAUUUGUAAUGCAUACAUACGAAUGCGAUACUUUUGCAAUGCAUAGGACAAUGGCGGAGGCAAGGUAUCAAGUGCAAAAAUGUCUGGACCUGGAAGACUGCCAGGUUUGUCAUGCAUAUUUUGCAUAGCCGGUCAUUGUAUCGUAUCAAUGCAUGACCUAGAAUCACAGAUUUUUAAAGGGCCUUCUGAUGCGUAUUCCGCAUGAGAAACGCCCACUUCGCGUAGCACAAACGGAACUCCUCUUGCUGGUCAUGCAAUACAGUUUUUUUUUACCUUCCAAAGACAGCAUCACAAGUUGCAACCUUCCAGACCCAGACAUUUUUGCAUUUGAUAAAAAAACAAUCCAGACGUCGUGCCGAAAAAACGUCACACGUCGAAAAAGUUCCGCAAGAUGUGGGUCAAGCAUAGCGAACGGGAGUGGCACAUCGGACGGCUAUCAAUUGCAAGAGUGUCUGGGAGAUCUGGAACGAUGCAGGUAUAAUAAUUUGUCUUGCGCUGAAUGGACGACUCCGAAGGUCUGGUUUGCAGGGCACAGCAUCACGGGCUUGACCUCGGGUCGUUUUACCAUAUCUAGAAACCUUUCUUCGUGAGCAGCUUGUUGUGUUUCCCCUGCAAUGCAGAUUUUGGUGUCACUCCGAGAUUUUUACUUUAGCAUCUUCGUAAACCAGCAUUCUUCCAGAGGACCCAGACAUCUUUGCAAUGCAUACCGGUGCUGCCUCUGCGAGAAAGAGGACUGUACCAAAUCGCUACUCGACACUGUAGGAAACGAAGUGGCAGAGUUUUGGUCGGGUGCUGGUGUCGAAAGGACUCCAGAAGACGAGGCACCGAGUGCCGUGGGCAAUAAACCGACUUUCCACUUUAUGCAAGAAAAAAACUGUGUAAGUGUAAAUCUGUGAUGCAGAAAAUGCAAGACAGUUACACUUGUCAUGCUCGACGUGCAUGAUCGGCUCCCUUCCUAGUUCUUUUCCCUUCCUAUCUGCGCAUAGCAAAUUUUUCCUGUCAUGGCAGACAAACUUGUGAUGCAGUUUUCCCAAAAGACUUACACUUCACACUUUUUUUCUUGGAUACACUUCCUGGCGGCGAGCGAGCUUCUCCUCUGCGACGCUUGCGCGAACGAUGCGAAGCUCAUGCGGGAUGCGUGUGACAACCACACCGAGAACCCCGUGAUUUCCAGCAUCGAGAAGGUCUACGUGACGCUGUUCGCCCGCGAUUACGGUCCGCGUGUAUCCCAGAGAAAAAAGCUAGCAGGGCAUAUAAUUUGUCAUGCCAAAAUGAAUGCACAGAAAAAUCUUUCAUGGGCGGCGCCGCCGCAUGCUGUUUAGGAGUUGCAAUACAGAUUUUUUUGUCUGAAUUAUUUUUGCAUGACAACUUUUAUGACCUGCCUGCUUAUUUUUCUGUGUGAUAACGUGAGAAAUGCGCUGAUGGACGCCCACGCGGCAAUGUAUGAACUGCAAAAUUAUCGUACUCGUAGAAAUGCAUAUACAAAUUACCUCAGCAUGAGAAAUAAAAUUUGUAAUGCUGAUUUACCCUUCAAAAAAAAUUUGUAAUGCAUGAUUGCAAUUCAAGUACGACACUUUUGCACAGGAUACAUCGCUCGGGUUGACGACUACGAGGACCCAAUGCACCCAGAUAUGCAUUGCAAAUAUCUCAUCUGGGUCUGGAUAACUUGUGAUGCGAGAAUUGAAGGACAAGAAGAUCUGUGAUGCAUGAAUGCGAUGGGCCAGUUUUUUUGUCGUACAUACUGGAUUGAAGCUUGUCAUGCGUUAUUUUCCGAAUGAAUCAGCAAGUACAAGCCUUUCCAAACAACUUCUGAUGGUGCUAUUCCGUAUACAAGCGGCUUCUACCCUCUGAUGCGAGUGUCAGCAACACAAAUUUCCAGAAGACCCAGACAUAUUUGCAGUUGAUACCAGAGUUGGGGAAGCAGAAGCUUUAUGAAAUGCAAAAGCAUCGUACUAGUAUAGAUCGCAUGACAAAUCCCCUCAGCAUGAACAAUCGAAUUUGUACUGCGGAUUUAGGUUAGGAGUGAGAUUUGUAAUGCAUGAUUGCGAUUACUACGAGUGCGAUACUUUUGCACAGGAUAAGUUUUUUUGUCCGCCGGUUCAAACGCGGUACGGGUGUAUAUGCACUGCAAAUAUCGAUCUGGAUUUGUGAUGCUGGACUUCAAGGACGUGUGAUGAGAUAAAAAAAAAUUUGGACUUCAACGACAGAAAAAUUUGUGAUGCAUAAAGUACGACUCAGCCCUACUUUAUGCAUCACAGUUUGUAAGAUGCUAAAGACGACUGACAUCCGCAAGAAAUCAUGCUGAGGAAAACAAGAACUUCUCAUGCUGUUAUGCCGUAUCGAAGCAGCCAGUCUGUCAUGCAGGGAUGAGCAAGAGAAGUGUCCAGACCCAGAUCGAUUAUAUUUGCAGUGGAUAGUCUAAGUUCGACACCGAAUUGGACUUCCGGAGCGUGUACAUGAUGGAAAAGAUCGAAGAGUCCAAGACGCUGUACGAAGCACUUGCAUGGCUCAGACACCUGACGCGGAUGGCGUUCAUGGGUACCAAGUGCCUCCCAGGGAUGAGUAAGUCCGAAUCCAGACAUCACCUAUACAAGAACACGCCGCUGGAAGAGAAGGAUCUGGAAUGGGCCGAAAUGCAUAUGAGACUGCACAACUCCCCCUCCCCCUCAUUUGUACUAUGGCAUCAACAGCAUUACAAACACCAGCACAUCAGCUGGUGGACCCCGUGCAUGACAAGUUCUUCAUGCGCCGAGUGUAAGUAAGUAGUACUGUUUGGAUCAUUUCCGGAAUUUGUCAUGCACACGGGGCCCCAAGAUAAUAGCAGCUGGAUGUAGGUUUUUGCAUGACAAAGGAGGGGGAGGGGGUGUUGUGCACUGUCAUACAGCACUUCGGGAAACCAAAGUCUCUGGGGGCAACUAAAACCGCAUGGACGUCAGUUGAGUUGUAUCCUGUGUAAAAGCGUCCCCGCCCCAGACUCAAGUUGGGAAUUCUGCAACACAGAUCCAGAAGUUUUGGGAGUCACGCAUGACAAGUUUUUCGCUGUACUGUAAUGCGGGUUAGCAUCAAGGACAACCGCAUCAGAAAUCCAUCCUGGCAUCCUGUUUACAGUAUCACAAAUUCCAAAACAAGAUUCGAAAUGGCUCUCAUGGGCUGGCGCAUUACAAGUCUUCCCGUCUUUGCAAAUCUGCAUUACAACUCUGGGGCGGGGACGUUUUUACUCAGGAUAAGUUGCUUCUACGAUUCUUCGGCGACGACAAAAACUUCGGCUUGUCGUUUGCGCUCGAGGUGAUCCUGAAGAACCCGGAAAAGUUCGCGAAAGGGCAACCCGAGAGCCGCAAAGAUUAUCAAACAAAAAAAGUUCGUCACGAUUACUCAUGCGCAUUUUUGCAAUACAAAACUGGCUGUCAUGCGUAAAAAUGCAUGACAGCCAAGCUUCAUAGGGGUUUUCCCUAGUGUUUCUGCAAUACAAGGAAAACUUGUGAUGCUAAAAAAAUUUGUAAUGCAAAACCUGCAAGUUAGUGACUGUGACAAACUUUUUUCUUUCCAUAAAGAUGACCUUUUUCGCACUGCGGCCAGUCUCUUCAAACAAAUUUGGGAGACUGGCCGAGGUCCAACGUUUUUGUUGAACCAAAUCGCAGAGGCGUAUAUGUCGUCAGCGCGGUAUACCAAGUCCGGACUUCGUGCGUUUACCUUUGUAGAUACACACCGCGACGGUGUUACCACCAAGACGAUGCGGUCUGCCUGCACGAAAACGGCGUUCUUCGUGACCAUUAUUCACUAUUCGAGAUGGGGAAGACGCCUAGAGCAGCUCAAAGCGUUCAAAAUCGGGUAUAUAGGGCAUGCCGAGCCACAGUCUCCGCACCAGCUGUGUUUCCUGCUUAUGCAUUGCAAAUAUAUCGACUUGGGUCCACCUCUUGGAGGAUGCAGUACUUGUUAACUUGUGAUGCGCAUUUCGGAUCAGAUAAAAAUUUCUCAUGCACGGAGACAAGCACAAGUAAGUAGUGCAUUGCACAAGCAGUGCAUUUCUUGUCUCCGAAGAAGGAGAUUCGUUUUAUGUGGCUAAGGCCGUCGUGUUGACAAAUAUCCUUCUGAAAGUUUGAGUAGGCGUGGGCCUGUAGGCCUAAAUUCCGGUCGGUUGGUCGGUCGGUUGGUUGGUUUUGGACAGACGACAAUUGACCGAAUUUCCGACUUAUGGAAAAACGCAUAUCGGUUUCGGAUUUAGAAGACAACCGCAACGGCAAGGAGGGCGAAACACGAUAGGGGGGUGGUCGGGGCGCGCGGCGCACCUGCCUCCCUACCGGGGCUGCAGCCCGCCCCUGCGAGGCUGGUAGCGCCGCAUCCUAUCGCCGCCCAGUAGGCACUUCCGCCAGGGCGGCAGAAAGGUCUCGGCAGAAGGAGAGUUCGAUGUGUCCACGCAACACAGACGCAAAUCUGUGUUGCGUGGACGCCAAUCUGUGUUGCGCGCGCCAUAGAUCUGUGCUGCGCGCAGCUCGCCGCAGACACAAAUCUCCGCUGCGUGCGCGCAGCACAAAUCGGCGUUGCGCGCAAAUCUGUGCUGCGUGUUGCGCGCACAUCUGUGUUGCGCGCAGCUCGCCGGAGACACAAAUCUGUGCUGCGUGGGCGCGCAUCUGUGUUGCGCGCAACACAAAGCAGUGUUGCGCGCAGCUCGCUGCCGACACAGAUCUGUGCUGCGUGGACGCAAUCGGAGCUCCAGGGGGCCUCGUGAGAGUUUGCGCCUGUGAGAUAGAAAGAGGUCGGGGCUCCAAUGCUGCACUUUUCUCCAGCCACGGCCUGCGUUUCCUCAACCCAAGCAAAACACACUUGGGAAAUAGAGACAAAUUCGCGCAAAAUUUGGAUCAGCCCCCGCUUGGUCAAGCCGAGCGGGGGCUUUUUGCGCAACCCCUUGGCUUCGCGAGUCCCUUGCUUGCAAGCCCCCUGCUAAUAGAUUGGGCCAUAGGCGACGCACGCUCGCCCCACCCCCUCCCCCCCCGCUUGGCAGGUGGGCUGGUAGGUCGGUAGGCGUGGCCAAUAGCCAACACACGCUCCCUCGCCCCCCCCCGCUUGGCAGCUGGGUGGGUGGGUCGGUAGGCGUAGCCAAUAGGCAACGCACGCUCGCCCCGCCCCCCCCCACCAGGCAGGUGGGUGGGUAGGUCGGUAGGCGUGGCCAGUAGGCAGCGCACGCUCGCCCCACACCCCCACCUGCCUGGUGGGUGGGUAGGUCGCUCGGCAGCCCGGCCAAUAGGCAGCGCGCGCUCGCUCCACCCACCCACCAGGCAGGUGGGUGGGUAGGUCGGUAGGCGUGGCCAAGAGGCAACACACGCUCACCCCACCCACCCACCUGCGAGGUGGGCGGGUAGGUCGGUAGGCGUGGUCAAUAGGCAGCGCACGCUCGCCCCACCCGCCCACCAGGCCCGUGGGUGGGUAGGUCGGUAGGCGUAGCCAAGGGGCAGCGCACGCUCGCCCCACCCACCCACCAGCGAGGUGGGUGGGUAGGUCGGUGGGCGUGGCCAAUAGACAGCGUUUGCUCGCCGCACCCAUCCACCAGGCUGGUGGGUGGGUAGGUCGGUAGGCGUGGCCAAUACGCAGCGCACGCUCCCUCGCCCCACCCACCCACCAGCGAGGUGGGUGGGUAGGUCGGUAGGUGUGGCCAAUAGGCAGCGCGCCCUGCCUCGCCCCACCCACCCACCAGGCUGGUGGGUCGGUAGGUCGGUAGGCGUGGCCAAUAGGCAGCGCGCGCUCCCUCGCCCCACCUACCCACCAUGUGGGUGGGUAGGUCGGUAGGCGUGACCAGUAGGCAGCUGUCUCUGGGUGGCAAGGGAUAGGUAGGUAGGUGGAUCGGUGCGAUCACGGUACUACAAUGAAUCGAAAAGACGCCAGGUAGGUGGGUAGGUAGGCAGCUUCAACAGUAAUAAUAGAUGAAUCUCAGAAAAACACAAAACACAAUGGAGCGGGUUCGGUCAGUUGUCGUCUGUCCAAAACCAACCAACCGACCGACCAACCGACCGGAAUUUAGGCCUACAGGCCCACGCCUAUUGGAAAGUUUGUAUUGCUAAAGGCCCUUUGCAUGGCCUAGGCCUUGUGGGAGGAUGCGAAUGACAGACAUCUGCAUCCAUCCAAACCCAGAUCGAAGAUAUUUGCACUGCAUAGGGUUCUGUGAACUCAGAAAGUACAGCACAGCAACCUUUGGUGGUCGAACACGCUAUCACCUGUACAUUGGUAAGGCCGAGAAGGACUGGAUUGCCCGGAUGCUGGCCGACGGCUACGAACUGUUCGAUCCAGGAUGGAAUGGGACGAAGUGGAAGCGGGCCCUGGAAAAUUUCGAGCCAGAGGUGCUGGAGAGGCGGGAAAAGGCGGCGGCGAAAAAUGCGGAGAUCUAUCAAAUGCAAAAAUGUCUGGGUCUGGAACAAAACAACUUGUCAUGCUAAAUCUGAAACAUGUAAAAAUCUGUGUUGCAUGAUUACCAAAAGCUGUCCACUUUUGACCUAAUCGAGAGGGAGUUUCUCAUGCAGGAUAGGCAUGAUAGAACUCUCACAGAAUCUGUCAUGCUAUGUCCUACAUACCAGACCGAGACCUCAACCUCAUGGGUCAUGGACAACCUGCAUGACAAGUCUGGCAUUCAUCCAGACCCAGAUAUUUUUGCAGUUGAUAAGAUCAAGGAGGCUGCCACUGCGGCUGGUCUGUCCGUACAGGUAUCCUGAGUAAAAACGUACCCACGCCAUAGUUGUCAUGCAACUCUGCAUGCUUAAAAUGUUUCUCAUGCGGAGCCCCAUGAGAAGCAUUUUCUAAUGCGGUUUUGAAAUUUGUCAUGCUCCAAUCAGCACGAGAUGCUAGAUCUGUAAUGCUGCUCCACUAGCUCAAACAGCACUACACUACGCGGACAAACUUGUCAUGCCAAACAACCAAAGCUGGCUGAUUUGUCUAGCAGAUUCCCCAUCCUGACUCUGGUGUGGGUACGUUUUUACUCAGGAUAACAGGCAUACAAAGACGACCAGAAGGUG